CUUUUUCAAUAUUACAUUUGACAGCACAAAGGAGGCGGCCAUCUUACUUUUAUUACAGAGGGAGAAGCCCUAGAUUUUUAUAGAUUUCUGUUUUUUACAGUUGUUAGUGAAUUUAAAUUAUUUAUUCCUUAUCGUGUAUACUGCUUUAACUUCAGUAAAAUUAAUGUGUUAAGGUAAAAUGGAUGAUCCUAAUAGAAUGAUGGCGCAUAGCGGUGGCCUCAUGGGACCGCAGGGCUAUGGAUUGCCUGGUAGCGAAGGCACUCCUACUACAGGUGACAAUGAAGCAAGGAAACAGGAUAUUGGCGAGAUAUUACAGCAAAUAAUGAAUAUAACAGACCAGAGUCUAGAUGAAGCUCAGGCGAGAAAGCACACUUUAAACUGUCAUAGAAUGAAACCUGCCUUGUUUUCAGUGCUGUGUGAAAUUAAGGAAAAAACUGUUUUGUCGCUUCGCAACACGCAAGAAGAGGAGCCACCAGACCCUCAGCUGAUGAGAUUAGACAACAUGUUGAUAGCAGAAGGUGUAGCAGGUCCUGAAAAGGGUGGAGGUGCUGGUGCUGCAGCCUCGGCUUCGGCAGCUGCUGGAGAAUGGGGCACUGUGGCCCAAGCAGAUAACGCGAUUGAGCACUCGGACUACCGUGCGAAGUUGGCGCAGAUCCGACAGAUUUAUCAUCAGGAGCUUGACAAGUAUGAAAAUGCCUGCAAUGAGUUCACUACUCAUGUCAUGAAUCUCUUAAGAGAGCAGAGUCGUACUCGGCCCAUUACUCCAAAGGAGAUUGAGCGUAUGGUGCAGAUUAUUCACAAGAAGUUCAGUUCUAUACAAAUGCAGCUGAAACAAUCGACUUGUGAGGCUGUCAUGAUACUUCGCUCACGUUUCCUGGAUGCGCGCCGAAAGCGCCGCAACUUCAGCAAACAAGCGUCGGAGAUUCUCAACGAGUACUUCUACUCGCACCUCUCCAACCCCUACCCCAGUGAGGAGGCUAAGGAGGAGCUGGCUCGCAAGUGCGGCAUCACGGUCUCGCAGGUCUCCAACUGGUUUGGAAACAAACGUAUCCGUUACAAGAAGAACAUUGGCAAGGCACAGGAGGAAGCCAAUCUCUACGCCGCGAAGAAGGCCGCUGCAGGCGCAUCACCAUACUCGAUGGGGGCGGCGUCAGGCACGGCCACGCCCAUGAUGUCUCCGGCGCCCACGCAGGACUCCAUGGGCUACUCUCUGCCGGCCCCGCCCUACGACCAGCCGCAGCCGCCCUACGACGGCUCCAUGGGAUAUGACCCUAUGCACCAGGAUCUUUCGCCAUAGGUGUGGCGUUACCUCGCCGCGGCAGGCGCUGGGCGUGGCAGCGCAGACGGCGAGUAACAAACGUAUACUAUGUCCCGGCAUUGUAGCAUUCACUGUGACCCAGUAUUUCUUUUUUAAAUUAUUUACACGAAUUACACUCUAUGGAUUUUUAUACACCAGUUAUUGUUUCUCUAAAUCAAACGACAAUUUAUUAUUAAAUAUGUAAUUGAAUGUCCUAAAGGGAACGACCAUUUCUAAGGCCUAUGCAGCAACGAGAAUGUAUCCUUUGUAAUAGGAAUUGUGAGCCCCCUUUAUUUAGUGAAGUAAUGUAGUUUACAGCAAAUUCGAUUCGUGUAAUGGCAGCAAGUAUUAUUUGGCAUUAUUUCGGCAGUAUUAGUGUUAAUUGUGGCGGGAUCUCGAUAUUCACCCCAUUUACGGUGGAAUAUAAAUAUACGAUAGUUUUAAGUUACUCUAAGGUAGUAUAAGUUCAGAUAUUUUGUGCUAAAUAGUAUCCCUUGCAUGGCUGUCAGAUUUUAUCGAAGACUGGAUGUGUGUUUGACUUUGACGUUUGACGCCCACACAAAUUUUAUUAUUGUAUUUAAGGCAAAACUUUAGCCUCCAAUAUCGAAUAACUGAUUAUUAAUAAUGAAUUGGAUUUCUUAAUCAAAUAAUUAUGAAUUUUAAUAUUAUAUUCUUGCCAGUGCCAGCCGCCAAGGGAGGAACUCUAAGUGUGCAAUUUAAUAUGUAGCGAUGGUUGUGUUAGGCGCACACUGUACUCUUGUCACGCGGGCUUUUUACAUAGUUUUUAAUUUACAUUUGUGUGCACUAAAGUGGUGAGAAGAGGCGUUGUGAAUGGACUGUCAUCUUUUUUGUAGCUAUAUAUGUAGUUCGAUAUUUAAACCAUUCUUGACGGAGAUGUCAAGUGUCAAGUGUACAGUCCAUUCUCUAUGUCUAUGGUUGAGAGUGAACAUCAGCUAUUGUGUGGUGCUAUAAUGUUACUAGCACAAAAUAUUUUUUUAUAGAUAAGUUUCUUGAGAACGCAGACCUAACGAAUAUACGAUUAGUAAUUUAUGGAUACGGCAUAAAUAGAUGUAAGUAAUGUUCUAAAUCAAUAUAUCUGAAUCAGUAUACGAGAAAAAGAUUAUUUGAUCAUGUUUUACUUCGCAUUAGUAUCGCGUCGCUGUUACGUCCCUUUGUGAAGUAUUUAUUUAAAUAUUAUAUCUAAUUAUAUUACAAUGUAUUACGAGCGCAGCGGCGCGUGAACACCAUGUAUACGAGUUCAAUGUUAUUGACAAUCAGAUUAAUGAAAUACAUUUUUUGUGUAGUUA